CGUAGAAGAAGAAAUUCCGGAAGUGGGGCUUCCAAACAGAUUGCCUUUUGGAAGAGUAAAACAAAGCAGAUCGAUUUCUGGUCAUUAAAGCGAGAUCGAUCUUGGAAUAACCAUUACUCAUUAAAACAAUGGGCACCAGAGACGACGAGUAUGAUUAUUUGUUCAAAGUGGUCCUCAUUGGUGACUCAGGUGUGGGAAAAAGUAACCUGCUAUCGCGUUUCACUCGCAAUGAGUUCAACUUGGAGAGUAAGAGCACCAUUGGAGUUGAAUUUGCCACACGCAGCAUUCAGGUGGAUGGCAAAACGGUGAAGGCCCAGAUCUGGGAUACAGCCGGCCAGGAGCGCUACCGUGCGAUCACUUCAGCGUACUAUCGUGGCGCAGUGGGUGCUCUCCUGGUUUAUGACAUAGCCAAGCAUCUAACUUACGAGAACGUGGAGCGCUGGCUGAAAGAGCUGAGAGAUCACGCUGACAGCAACAUCGUCAUCAUGCUGGUUGGCAACAAGAGCGACCUGCGUCACCUCCGAGCUGUGCCCACUGACGAGGCCCGGGCUUUUGCUGAGAAAAACGGUUUAUCUUUUCUGGAGACAUCGGCUCUGGAUUCCACCAAUGUUGAGACCGCCUUUCAGACCAUUCUUACAGAAAUCUACCGCAUCGUGUCCCAGAAGCAGAUGUCGGAGCGCCAGGAGAGCGACAUGUCUCCCAGCAACAACGUGGUCAACAUCCAAGUGCAGCCCACCGAGAACAAACCAAAGAUGCAGUGCUGCCAGAACAUCUAGCUUGACCCCGCCCCGCCCCGCCGACCCCCCCCUCCCACCUUUCAGUUGUCCUCUACAGUCCCUUCAGGGCUCCAGGGCUGUGACCUGAACUCCGCCUCUACUUUUAACAGUUCCCAGCCCCUCCGUGUCCCCCGGGUAAAUAUGUCCCAGUAUAAAACGUCUCCAGAAGGCAGCAGGCAUUUCAUAUCACUUUAGAUUUCAUUCCAGUUGAUGCGCUGACAUGUCACAAAAAUGUCUUAAUAUAUGAAUGUGAUUUUCUUUUCCUAUUUUGUGCCCCUCUUGAUUCUUCCACAUUUUCUGUUUAUGAUAUUUCUCUGUAUCGUAUCAGAUAUCUACUACUAGGUAUUACUAUGACUAUAAAGCACAUGGUAGUGUAUUCCUGUAGAUGAGCUCCUGCCCUCCUGAGUGCAAUGUACUGUUUUAGGACACCACGCGCGGGAGUGUCAUGACCUUUGAUCGCAUUGCUGUGAACACGACACGAGUGAAAUGUAGAGCCAAUCGCGUGCCGCCGCCUCAUGUCCUUACCAUCGCGUUUACAGGAGGCGUUUGCGUGGUUUCCAAAGAUGGCCACCGGCUGCGCUGCACGUUUUAUGCGGUAAAGGGGUCCAUCCGGGCUAGGUGGAACCGUGAAAGCUGAUCCUGUUCACAUUUGUUGUCCUUCAGGCUUGAGGAACAGUGCUUACAUCCGUCAACAACUUACAUUUGACAACAACUAUGCAGGAACUGGCUGAUUUUUUUUAUUCUUUAUUUGUAAGUGCACUCGUUUAAGGAAUUGAAAACACAAUGUGAUGCUCUUACCGUGUAAUGGUUGUAAUGUCUCGGAGCAUCUGCUUUGCAUGGAACCACAAAGCUUCUAGAAGGAACACAGUAAGCAUACAUGGAAAGGCUUCCGCUCGGCUUGGUUGAUUUUUAUAAUUGUUUUAGUUUUCUUGCAUGUUUUAUUGGUCUUGCUCUCUGAUUGGAUGUGGCGACAGAAAAUGUGUGCGUUUUCAAUCAAGAUUUAAAAAAAAAAAGGUUAGGGUUGGUUGAGAGUAGUAGAAUCCUCCCACAUGAUCUGCUCUUAUUUCUGCUCCCAGUGCCUCCUCCAUCGUUCACCUGCUAAACGCUCACCUUUUUGCCCCCCGUCACAUAAAGCCUACUUUACACCAAGCUGCCUCUGACUUCAACACAAUGCAUGGCUUUUUGGCACGACCGUGACUCCACUUUACCGCCUUACGUUGCUAACAUUGCUGUCCAUCAAAGUUGCCGAGGGCUUGGCUUGGCCCGCCAGACGAGUUUAAUCGCGAGUCUAUUGCUUCGGAGUGUUCAUUCAGCUUCUAGUGUUAACGGUGUUAGCAGACACAUGCACACAUGCCUGAAACUGUGUGUGUCUGUGUGUGUGUAGUGACAAAGCAUAGCUUGGUUGUUCUGGAGCGUGUGUGAGCCUGGCUGGCAGCGCCAAUGGCGUUUCCUCAAACAGACGGCGCCGCCAACCAAGCUUCUCCAGACGAAACGAUUCCUUCCUUCAAAAGAUGACUCCGGAUCAUAUUCCUUUUUUUUUUCCUCUCUUUUAUAUUUUUUUGUGUGUGUGUUAUUUUCUUGUUUUACAAUUUUAAAAACUGACUGUAAUUCCAGUGUAAGAGUGAAAUGAUGUCAUUUCAACGAUUUUGAAGGGUUCAAUGUGAGAGGGGGACUCAAUGAAUGGUUUUGUUUUGUACAGAUUGAUAAAUUGUACAAUUGUGUCUAUAUCUUAAGUUAUCUGUUCAUCUUAAUAAAGCGCACCGGUCAUGAACCUUU